AUGGCUCCGUGGCCCCAUGAGAACAGCUCUUUGCCCGACUGGCCAAACCACCCAACGGUGGCGUCUGCCACCACCAACACUAGCGGGCUGUCCGCGGCGCCGUGGGCAGCAGCAGUGGCAGGGGCGCUUUUGGCUCUGGCUGUGUUGGCGACUGUGGGAGGCAACUUGCUGGUCAUUGUGGCCAUCGCCAGGACCCCACGGCUCCAGACUAUGACAAACGUGUUCGUGACUUCACUAGCUGCGGCUGACCUAGUGGUGGGGCUCCUUGUGGUACCCCCGGGGGCCACCUUGGCGCUGACCGGACAGUGGCCAUUCGGCGCCACGGUCUGUGAACUGUGGACCUCGAUUGAUGUGCUGUGUGUGACCGCCAGCAUUGAGACUCUUUGCGCCCUAGCUGUGGACCGCUACCUUGCAGUGACUAAUCCACUGCGUUACGGCGCCCUGGUUACCAAGCCCCGGGCCCGAGCAGCUGUUGUCUUGGUGUGGGUCGUGUCCACCGCAGUGUCUUUCGCACCCAUCAUGAGCCAGUGGUGGCGCGUAGGAGCAGACGCCGAGGCACAGAGUUGCCACUCCAAUCCUUUCUGCUGCGCCUUCGCCUCUAACUUGCCCUACGCUCUGCUCUCCUCCUCUGUCUCCUUCUAUCUCCCCCUCCUCAUCAUGCUCUUUGUCUACGCACGAGUCUUUGCCGUGGCUACUCGCCAGCUGCGCCAGCUACGUCGGGAGCUUGGCCGCUUCCCUCCAGAGGAGCCCCCUCCUUCCCCGUUGCCCUCUUCCCAGGAAAGGCCCUGCGCCCCUCCAGGGGGAGUCCAUUCCUGCGGCCGCAGACCAGCACGCUUGCUGCUUCUCAGGGAGCACCGGGCCCUACGUACUUUGGGUCUCAUCAUGGGAACCUUCACCCUCUGUUGGCUGCCCUUCUUCGUCGCCAAUGUGGUGCGCGCCCUCGGGGGGCCUACGUUGGUUCCCAGUACGGCAUUCCUCGCCCUCAACUGGCUUGGCUAUGCCAACUCUGCCUUCAACCCACUAAUAUACUGCCGCAGCCCUGACUUUCGCAGCGCCUUUCGCCGUCUGCUGUGUCGCUGCGACCGCCGGCUGUACGCUAGACCUCGCUCACCGAGUCCUCGUCGUUGCCUCCCCCGAACCCCUGAAGCGUCCCCAGUCCUAACCGCUGGAGUAGCGAGCACGACCAAGGCUGCGCAGAGUCAAGGGAUGGAAGAUGGGACGGAGGCUGUAGAGCAAGGCGGCAGGGUACGCUCUCAGUGGGAGGAACGGCGGGAGGUAACGCAGACUGCACUAUGCCCACAGCCCGAGGGGACUUCGAGGAGUUCCUUGCCUUGGGUUGCAGCCGACAGAAGCAACAAUCUCAUUAUCCCAGACUCCUUGCAACAUCCUGGGAGCUCAGUCAGACUGUGUCCUGAGACGAGGGUCUUCCAGCCAAGCCCUCUGUGGAGCGGUGAGACUGUUAGAGCUACGCCCCUGACUUCCACCCUGUGCCCUCCAGGAUCAGCUGUCUGUUGCUAUGAUAAGGAGCUAAGGAGCCUGUUGGGUGAGAGUGAGUAGACUUGGGAUCUUCUUAGCUCCUUCCAGAUGCGGUUACAGAGAAAAUGGAAUCAGCUUCCAAAGGAAACCGAAUAACCUAUCACUACCUCAGCAACUGGGUGUAUCCUUUCAGCCUGCCUUCAUUUGUCCCAGGAGCAGGAGGGAUAAGCGAUGUCUGAGGGCACCCCUUCUCUUCAUGUUGGUGCUGCAUAGUCCCAUCUCAGGGUAAAGAGAGCAUCCCUGUUUCAUUCCUCCGGUUUCCUAGAUCGGGGGAUGAUGGCAUUUAGAGGACCUUUUGCAGUUUUCAAGCCUUUAGGAAUACUCCUAGAUGCUGCUGCCCAGUGGUAAGAGUAGGGGGACUGGAAAAAUCCAGAAGUCUGGUUUUUGUUCCUGGUUCCCUCAUUUCACCACUAAACCUCAUUCACCCUCAUUUUUUGGAAGAGAACAACAGCUCAUAUCUACCUCACAGUAGUGUCAGAGGGACUCCUAUUAUUUUGUGUGGGUGUGGGAAGAGGAUACUCCCCCUGAAAGUUUCUAUAAACUAUGGGUGUCUAUAGAAAGGUGAAUCUAUUCUUUUGUUUUAAAUCAAAUCA